ACCGGGACAACAAUUGCGACUCGAAGGUGCACACUCACUUUGACUUUGACAGAGUACAAAAGGGAGUAGCAUAACUCGUGCUACGUCGCCACUCAUCACUUCCCCUACCCACCCUCAAGUCCAUCUCACCAUCACCCCGCGCCAUGUCCAACGAGCGCGAGCACCCCUCCCGCCCGGUGGACACGCCAACGCCGCGCGACCUCUCCCCCGACCCGUCGCCUCCCGAGUCGCGCGCGUCGCCGUCAUUCUCCUUCCACGAAGAGCGCCGACUGCUCAAGUCGGACGAGUACUGGCUCUCGACGCGUCUCGUCGGCGGGCGUCCCUCGAGCGUGUCCACCUCGCCCCAGGCGGGGAAGGACGCGCUGGCAAACUUUCACCACUCGCUCGAGCUCGACCAGGCAAUCGAGGAGGCGUACACCGACGUCCUUCAGGCGCGGGGCGCGGGCUUUGUCGAGCCGUCGACGAUGGAGUCGCCCUCCGGCCCUGAGGGCGGCGAUCUCGACCCCCUCCUCGCCAGCGUGCACCGCCAGGAGGGCGAUCGCGACGAGCGCCUCAGCCUCGCCGAGGAGAAGCGCGAGCGCCAAAUCAGCAACAUGAAUGACAUUGUCCACCCCAUGGCCGCGCUGCGGGCCGACGAGAAGAAGGAAGAGGGCAAGACCCAGACCGUUGACACGGUCAGGGCAUUUGCAGAGUCGGGAAUCGGGAGCGAGCUCGAGGCGCUCUACGACAACUUCUCAAAGUGCUUGGCCCUCCGUGACAAGUACAUGAUGCUUUCAAACCAGCGUUUGGGUGACAACCCGCGCGACUACGACGGCACGUUCCAGGGCUUUGCGCAAGAGGGUGCCGGCGAUGUCGGCGGUCUCAAGCCGAGCGCGAGCGUCCACCAGUGCGAGGCCGCUGCCGACGGCCAGCCUUGGAAGAUGAACCCUCCGCCCCCGCCUCCGCACUGGAAGUGGUCGCACGCCCAGGGCAAGCCGGUCGACCCCAUGGCCUCGGAGGGACAGAACGGCGGCGAAGACGUCGAGGCCCUCGAGUUUGUCUUUGACCCCAAGGACGUGCCCGGCCCCGAGCCCGAGGGCAAGCGCCGCAGCUUUGGCUUCAACGAUGAGGGCGUGUACCAGGUGUUUGAUGCCAACGACGUGGCCAAGGACGGCGAGAACGCCAAGCCCAUCUGGGCCGCGCCCAGGCUCAAGGAGUACUACUCUGACCUCGACUACCUCCUCGGCGUGUGCUCGGACGGCCCGGCCAAGUCGUUUGCGUUCCGCCGCCUCAAGUACCUCGCGUCCAAGUGGACCUUGUACACUUUGCUCAACGAGUACCAGGAGCUGGCCGACAUGAAGGCCGUCCCGCACCGUGACUUUUACAACGUGCGCAAGGUCGACACUCAUAUCCACCACUCUGCGAGCAUGAACCAGAAGCACCUGCUGCGUUUUAUCAAGAGCAAGCUGCGCAAGGCGCCUGAUGAGAUUGUCAUCCACCGUGACGGCAAGGACCUGACCCUCAAGGAGGUGUUCGAGUCGCUCAACCUCACGGCGUACGACCUGUCGAUCGACACGCUCGACAUGCACGCGCACCAAGAGUUCCACCGCUUUGACCGCUUCAACAAUCGUUACAACCCCACGGGCUCGUCGCGUCUUCGUGAAAUCUUCCUCAAGACGGACAACCUCCUCAAGGGAAAGUACCUCGCCGAGCUCACCAAGGAGCUCAUCUCGGAUCUCGAGCAGAGCAAGUACCAGAACUCGGAGUGGCGUCUGUCCAUUUACGGCCGCAACGUCAAUGAGUGGGACAAGCUCGCCAAAUGGGUUGUCAACAACAAGCUCGUGUCGCACAAUGUCCGUUGGCUGAUCCAGAUCCCGCGGUUGUAUGACGUGUACAAGGGAUCGGGCCUCGUGAACAACUUUGAGGACAUUGUAAGGAACGUGUUCCAGCCCCUGUUCGAGGUCACGGCAGACCCGUCGUCGCACCCCGAGCUCCACGUCUUCCUCCAACGUGUGGUCGGCUUCGACUCGGUCGACGACGAGUCGAAGCCCGAGCGACGCCUGUACCGCAAGUUCCCGACGGCCAAGAUGUGGGACACGAACCAAAGCCCGCCGUACUCGUACUGGAUCUACUACAUGUACGCCAACCUGACGUCGUUGAACAGCUGGCGCAAGGAGCGUGGUUUCAACACGCUUGUUCUUCGCCCGCACUGUGGUGAGGCUGGUGACCCGGACCACUUGUCAUCUGCCUUCCUCACGGCGCACUCGAUCUCGCACGGUAUCCUGCUCCGCAAGGUGCCAGCGCUGCAGUACCUCUUCUACCUGAAGCAGAUAGGCCUGGCCAUGAGCCCGCUGUCCAACAAUGCGCUCUUUCUCACGUACGAGCGCAACCCCUUCAAGGACUUCUUCAAGGUCGGCAUGAAUGUCUCGCUGUCGACAGACGACCCGCUCCAGUUCCACUUUACUGCGCAACACCUGCUCGAGGAGUACUCGUGUGCGGCGCAGAUCUACAAGCUGACGCCGGCGGACAUGUGCGAGUUGGCGCGUAAUUCGGUUGUGCAGUCGGGCUGGGAGAUGCAGGUGAAGAAGCACUGGAUUGGGAACAAGUGGUACUUGCCUGGUUCGGCGGGUAAUGACAUCCACAAGACCAAUGUCCCCAACAUCCGCAUGGCAUACCGCCACGCCACGCUCCUGGAGGAGCUCACGCUCAUCCAGCACGGCACGCACACACCUAGCGCGACCCCAAUGCCGAUGAAGAGCGCGGGUGUGAGCCCUUCGGACGUUGCCGCCGCCGCCAUGUCCCAGACGAAGCGUUACAACCAGCCGACGUUGGUUGGCGGUGCUUCGGUUCUCGAGACGCGCCGCCGCAAGAGCAUCUCCAACCUGCAGCGCUCGCCUGCGCUGUCCAAGUCGACGAGCAUGGCGUUUACCGAGGAGGAGGAGGCGGGCGCGAACGGCGCGGCGGCGUAAGUCGUGUGGUGUGGAUAUUCCGUAGCAUCUAGUCGUAGAAGGUAUGCCUGUCGCGUGCGAGGUAUGCCUGCUGUUUGGUCAUUGCAUUGUAGAGUAGCAC